CGCAGGAGAGGCGAGUCCCGGAAAGGGAAAGACAGAUGACGUCAGUGCCGAAGGGUAGAAUGAAAUUUGACGAUCUUUCUUAGUAGGCAGAGUUGAAGGGAACGGAAGGAUAGCAAUUCCCAAAAGUGAGAAGAAGGUGCGAGUGAAUCGAAGCUCAGAGAAAGGAGAAAGAAGAAAGGAUGGUGAAAGUGGCCACGUAUUUUGCUAUGACUCUUGGAGCAUUCAUCUUCUGGCAGUCCAUGGACAGAGUCCAUGUCUGGAUCGCACUUCAUCAGGACGAAAAGAAGGAAAGGCAGGAGAAGGAAGCUGAGAUCAGAAGAGUCAGAGAAGAAUUGUUGCGCCAGCAGCAGCUCCAGAACACUCAAAAGGAUUCUUGAUUCCCAAAAUCUUGUAAUUCUUUUCCUGCCCGUUCCCGUUACCCUUAUGUUCCCCCCAAAUAAUGAUCACAUUUUUCAUAUGAACUAAUUCUGCGAUAUUCUGCUUGCCGGUGGCAAUUGUUAUAUUAUAAACCUUUGUUUUUUUGUUGAAA